AUGGUAACGGUUGUUGGAAAGGGGUUACUCGACCUUCACUGUCUUAAUGUGGCAACUAAGAGCUUUGUGUUCAAAGGAUUCACGAGAGGGUCUCGCGACGUCAAGAAUCGCAUCAAUCGGCGCAUUUCCAAGGAGUCCCCUCUAGGCAGGGUGGUCCAUGGCGGUAACUACAACAAUAAGAAGACCGCAUGCAAACACGAGGACGUUAACUACAUCGCUGCAUACCAAGGCAUGACCGACGAAGAGGUGAAGUCUCAUAUCAUGCCACUGCCAGCACCCGGAGAUGCAGCUUACGUCGACGUGCCCGUGCAAACGCAGACUCCUAGCGGACGCCAUGGCAGCAGCUUCGCCGCCAGGAACCUCUAUCGCGAAGACCCUGAGGUUUUUGCGAAGAACGAGGGCAAAGAGAAGCUGUACGUUGAAGGAGUCCUGAAGAAUGGGGACUACAAGUUGCGGAAGGGUGUUGACGAACGGGGUAAACGUGUUGGACGAGGUCUUCGCCGAGACAGAUCUGAGAGACAAGGCGUGGGGUUAGAGGGUAUGUACAGGCACUCCGUCAUGUCCGCACAUCAGGAGUUCAUUGCCUUGUCAGGUACCCCAAUGUCAAAAUCACCAAAGGAUAUUGAGGGAGUACUAAGUGUCCUCUCCACUGGCUCUGAGGACUUGUGGAAAGAAGAAACACCUUGGAAAUUCGGAUUGAAGGAUGAAUUCGGUCAUACUAUAAGCGCAUACACAGCAGAGCAGAAAGGGACCUGCGACAAGGAGAGAUUUGAAAGGCACCAGAACCAGCUCACUCCGCUAUGCGAAGUGACCAUGCUGAGACGCACCGAGAGAUCCCAAUUCCGAGGCAACCCAAUGCUUCAUCUACCGCCAAUCGACCCCCGACAUGUCCCCAUGGACUUUCCUUCUCAAUAUGUUAACGACCUCGAAAACAUUGAGAAAGGCAUUGCCAAAUGGGUAAAGGAAGCAACUACAGAAGGUCACAAUGUGAGAAAAAGCGACUUCUGGCUUAACUCAACGAAAGCAAGAGCAACCGGAUGCUAUCCGGCUUUGGGUCCCAUCGCACUGUCGGGUGUUGCUAAGUUGACUUGGGGAGAUUAUAUAUAA